AAUCGAAAAAUAUUAAAUGUGGUAACUGAGCUGCCAUGGAUCGAAGCUAUUUCAUCUCCCCUGUUUUCUCCGUUGUAAGCAUAUCAUCACUCCCACUGCAUAAAAUCGUUUCCAUUUGGAGACAGGCGCGGGAGAGGAAAGGGGAGAGGCACUUGCUUCAAGAGUUCUAUUGAAGCAAUAAUUCUUGUAAUCGGCUCCAGUAUACUCCGGAUCCAGCCACCGCGGAGGAGUUAGAGCCUGUGAGUUGCUGCUGGAGGAUUUGUUUAUGGCCAAGGAUAUUUGAGGUUGUGCUUGUUAAGCAUUAGACUGCUGCGAGUGGCUAAAACAGUUCCGUGUCCAAGAUUGUGAUAGGAUCGGUCUCGUACUUUUUAUACGAGAACCUAUGACUUUUAAAUCUAAUAAGUGCCCAAAGAGAUCUAGGGAGAACCUCUCUUUAUGUCAGAAGAAGAAAUUCAAGCCAUCAACAAAUUCAUCGGAUUUAUCCUCAAGCUCGAGUUUGUUGUCUGUCGAUAGCGUUUGUUCUGUUCCUGCUUCAGAAGAUGGUCACAAUUUGUUUAAACGGAGGAAGAUUGCCAAGGAAUGUAAUUUCCUUCUGACAAAUGGAAAUGUGAGAGAGAGUAGAACUAGAAGCUUCACAACUUUUGGAGAUAACUCGUUGCUGAUACAAAAUGGCGGUGGCAGGUCACUUACUGUUCCUUCAAAUGUACAAGUUUCAAAAUAUGGUGCAAACAUUGAUGAAUAUACAACAGAAUAUAAAGAGCCUAGAGAAGCUUCUAAAGGAAGUAUAUGUAAGAACUCAUCGGGAUCUCUUUCUGAUGUGGAUGAUAGGAACUCAAUUUCCAUAUCAAGCAUGCCAUCUUAUCUCAAUCACAAGACAAAGGAUGCAAGGGACUGUUCAUUGUCUAAUACGAUUGCUACAAAACAAGUUCCAGUUACGGAUUUAACAUCAUCAAGGGAGCUUUGCAUAUCCAUGCCCAAAAGAGAUAUCCCCAUUGAAAUGUCAGAACUGAGCAAUGCAUCAACUACUAUAACCCAUGAUGAUAAUGAAAGGAACCCUUUAUUUGCAUGUAAGCGUUGCGGGUCUUUGGAAGAUCCAUGCCAAAUGUUAAUCUGUGAUUGUUGUGAAGGAGCAUUCCACUUGCAGUGCUGCCAACGCCGCAUCAAGAAAAUACCAGAUAAAGAGUGGUUUUGCCUGGAUUGUUCUAGAAAAAACCCUAAGAGGCAGGCGUUGCCGAGUAGAAAAGAUGGAUCACUCAAGCAUAUUGAAAGACCUCGCCGAGGUCUUUGUUCGAUAGGAGAUAUGCUGAUGAAUGCCAAACCAUAUGAAACUCAAGUGAGAAUUGGUAGAGACUUCCAAGCAGAAGUUCCAGAAUGGUCCGGUCGAAUUUCUUGCAGUGAUGAUGAUUUCGUUGAGCCCUCUGAAAUUGAUGCCACUGAAAUCACAAGUGUGGACUUGCAGCAGUCAUCACGGUGUAAAGACAAGAAAAAGAGCAUUGGUAACUGGAUUCAGUGCCAAGAAGUCUUGGAUACAGGAGUUGUUUGCGGCAAGUGGCGGAGGGCACCACUGUUUGUUGUUCAAUCGAGCAAUUGGGAUUGUUCGUGUUCAGUUCUUUGGGAUCCAAUUCAUGCUGAUUGUGCUGUUCCACAGGAAUUGGAGACUGAUAAGGUGCUUGAGCAACUGCAGUACAUUAAUAAGGUGGUGGCCUUAGUCGCACUACUGACUCCUGAGCACACCAUCUUCAAAGCUGAAGAAACGUCUGGAUGGUCGCGAGCAGAAACGCUGAAAAAUAUACAUCCAUCAGAAAUUCAGAAGUGAGCAGGUUUUGUCUACAGCUGAACAUCUAUUUUUCUCCCAAGUGACCUGCAAAUGAGAAGAAUGGUUUCGCCGCUCCACCUUUGAACACCACAAGUCCCUACAGCGAAACAAACAUCUCUGGCUGUCUGCAGAGAAACGUGCAUAGAGGGAACCAAUGUUGUAACAUCCCCCCUUCACUGCUGCUGCCGUUGAUAGUUCUCAGCUCAUUUCCCCAAGCCAUGUUGCCUUUGAACUUGACAAGAUUUCCUCCCCAACGUUAUAUUAGACGAAUUUUUGGCUGCUUCCUUUGAAGAAGCAAACGGUGUUGCUGGUGAAGGACAAAGUGAAGGGCAAAGCAAUACGGACGCCGAAGUUCUUUUCUUCUUUCUGUGAGAUGAAACCUGAUGCUUACAUCACGUAAGCCUGAAUUUUUCAGUGGGAGGUGUAUCUGCAGUUUUGACACCUUUACUUGUGCCCGUGGAAUUGCAAUGGAAUUGUGUUUAUCAGUGAAACGGAAGAGUGGCCCCAUAAGCUUC